AUGCUGCGAGUAAGAUGCCUGAGAGGAGGUAGCAGGGGGGCCGAGGCUGCCCAUCUGAUCGGAGCAAUGCUUGGCCGGGCGGUGAACGGAUGGGUGCAGAGGACCCUCCAAAGCACUUCAAGUGCAGCAGCUGCACAGCCACAGCAUGUAGUUGAAGAGGAACAUGUUACUGAGCCCGUUCAGCAGGAAUGCCCAGUCUGCAGCUACAAUGAAUGGGACCCUCUGGAGGAGGUGAUUGUGGGGCGAGCUGAAAAUGCCCACGUGCCUCCCUUCACUGUGGAAGUGAAAGCUAACACAUAUGAGAAGUACUGGCCCUUCUACCAGAAGUAUGGGGGCCGGUCUUUUCCUGCGGACCACUUGAAAAAAGCUGUUGCUGAGAUUGAAGAAAUGUGCAAUAUUCUGCGUCAUGAGGGCGUCAUUGUGAAGAGGCCAGAACCCCUCGACUGGUCUGUGGAAUACAAAACACCAGACUUCACCUCAUCAGGAAUGUAUGCGGCCAUGCCCAGAGACAUCCUUUUAGUGGUGGGAAACGAGAUCAUCGAGGCUCCUAUGGCGUGGAGGGCUCGUUUCUUUGAGUACCGAGCCUACAGACCUUUAAUCAAGGAGUACUUCGGAAAAGGUGCAAGGUGGACCACUGCUCCUAAACCAACCAUGGCCGACGAUCUGUAUGAUCAGGAUUAUCCCAUCCGCACAGUGGAAGACAGGCACAAAUUAGCUGCUCAGGGGAAGUUUGUGACCACGGAGCACGAGCCCUGCUUCGAUGCUGCUGACUUUAUUCGAGCUGGGACGGACCUCUUUGUUCAGAGGAGCCAGGUUACAAACUACAUGGGAAUUGAGUGGAUGCGCCGUCAUCUGGCGCCAACCUACAAGGUCCACAUCAUCUCCUUCAAAGACCCUAACCCCAUGCACAUUGAUGCCACGUUUAACAUCAUCGGGCCAGGACUCGUGCUGUCAAACCCUGAUCGCCCAUGUCGCCAGGUAGACAUGUUCAAGAAGGCUGGCUGGACAGUUGUAAAACCACCAAUACCUUUGAUUCCUGAUGACCACCCACUGUGGAUGUCCUCCAAAUGGCUGUCCAUGAACGUCCUGAUGCUGGAUGAGAAGCGUGUCAUGGUUGACGCCAAUGAAACCACCAUUCAGAAAAUGUUUGAGAACCUCGGUAUCAAGACCAUAAAGGUGAACAUUCGCCAUGCCAACUCCUUGGGUGGUGGCUUCCAUUGCUGGACAACCGAUGUCCGCCGCCGUGGUACCCUGCAGUCCUACUUUCACUAGCCUUGCCAGAAACAGGCAGUUUUAUUGAGCUUUGAAUAUAAAGCCUCAGUCCGGAAUCACUGAAAUAAUCCAUUUUUAUUAUCAGUUAGUUUUAACCCAUCAGUCUACGAAGGCUGAAACUUUCCUAAACAAAAA